UUGGAGAUAGUGGGAGAGAAAAGGAGCAAAUGUGCGGCGGCGGAUAGGCAGGGAGGACAGCCAGUGCGCAAGCACAUCAGCAGCAGCGGCGGCAGAGCAUCUUCCUGAUCUCCCGUGUCUCCAGCUGCCAGUCGUCUGUGCGUCUCCUAUUAAGAUUUCACUGCCGGCUGAAGUGUCCAGAAGCGUCCUCCAACCAUCACCUACCAACACACACUUUCUCUGGAGCUCGGUUAUUCUUAGCUCAGCUGUGAGAGAGAGUCCUUCCGGUCCUUCUCUUAUUUAUCCCAGUUUCUUGAAUAUUUAAUGGAAAAUGGCGAUCUGCGCGCAGUCGUACGGUAUUUUCUGCCUCUUCACAAUCCAAACUGUACUUAUCAUAUGCGUUUCCACGCCGACAGACGGGACUCACCUCUUCCCACAGCACUACACAAUGAGUCACUGGGCGGGACGCAUUGAGAAGGAGCUGGAAAAGGUUCUGCAGCACGUCACCGGAACUCAGCAGAUGAGAUCGAUUUAUAAUGAGAAGAAGAGCCAGUUUGAAAUCAAGAGAAACAACCCCAAGGACUUGGUGGAGAAAGUGGCACGGGACAUCUCCAAGCUGCUCAACAGUAAGAGGAAAGCCUUAGAGAAACUGGCCAGGGAGGCGGAGCAGCUUCAGAAGGAGCAUGUAUGGCAAGAGGGUGUGACGGAGAAUGCCAUUUCAUACUACGAUUCCAAAGCGGACUCAGACUAUACAGAGGAUGGAGAAGAGGAGAACCCGCUGGAGACCUCGACAUCUUUGGAGCUGGAGUUUGUGGAUGAUCCCAAUUUUAAAAACAAGGUUAACUACUCUUCCAGUGCGGUCCAGAUUCCUACAGACAUAUACAAAGGCUCCCCAGUCAUCCUAAACGAGUUAAACUGGACCCAGGCGCUGGAGAGGGUCUUUAUCGAAAACCGUAAGGAGGACAGCUCUCUGCGCUGGCAGGUGUUUGGCAGUGCCACAGGAGUGACUCGAUACUACCCAGCCACUCCAUGGAGGGCACCUAACAAGAUUGACCUGUACGACGUGCGCAGGAGACCUUGGUAUAUCCAAGGUGCAUCGUCUCCAAAGGACAUGGUCAUCAUUGUGGAUGUGAGUGGAAGUGUCAGCGGACUCACUCUGAAACUGAUGAAAACCUCGGUAGUGGAGAUGCUGGACACUCUAUCAGACGAUGACUAUGUGAAUGUGGCCAGGUUCAACGAGAAAGCCGAUGCCGUUGUUCCGUGCUUCAGGACUUUGGUCCAAGCCAAUGUUCGGAACAAGAAGAUCUUCAAGGAAGCCGUCAUGCAUAUGCAAGCCAAAGGAACCACAGAUUACAAGUCUGGCUUCACAUUUGCCUUCGAACAGCUUCUUAAUGAGAGCAGUGCCCCGAGGGCCAACUGCAAUAAGAUGAUAAUGAUGUUUACAGAUGGCGGGGAGGAUCGUGCACAGGACAUCUUUGAAAAGUACAACUGGCCGAACAAAACAGUCCGUGUGUUCACCUUCUCUGUUGGCCAGCAUAAUUAUGAUGUCACCCCUUUGCAGUGGAUAGCUUGUGCCAAUAAAGGUUACUACUUUGAAAUUCCAUCGAUUGGAGCCAUCAGAAUCAACACCCAGGAGUAUCUGGACGUCCUGGGUCGUCCCAUGGUGCUGGCUGGGAAUAAAGCAAAGCAGGUGCAGUGGACAAAUGUCUACCAAGAUGCUCUGGGUUUGGGCCUUGUCAUCACUGGGACGGUGCCGGUCUUUAACUUCACUGUUGAUACCGUAAGCUCUCAGAAUCAACUCAUCCUUGGAGUCAUGGGAGUAGAUAUUGCGAUCAACGAAAUCAAAAGAAAGACUCCUACAUAUAGACUUGGAGCCAACGGCUAUACCUACGCCAUUGACCCGAAUGGCUACGUACUGCUGCAUCCCAACCUGCGGCCCAAAAUCAUUAACUUCAGGGAGCCCGUCACUCUGGACUUUCUGGAUGCAGAGCUGGAGGACAGCAACAAAGAAGAGAUCCGUCGACAGAUGAUUGAUGGCAAAUCAGGGCAAAGGAAAAUCAAGACGCUCAUUAAGUCAGUUGAUGAGAGGUACAUCGAUGAGGCCAUGCGGACGUAUUCAUGGACGCCUGUGGAUGGUACAGAUUACAGUCUAGGGUUGGUACUGCCCACAUAUAGUGAGAACCACAUCAAGGCCAACCUGAGUGACCAAAUCCUUCAGGUGCAGUUGCCAUACACCAAGGAUUUUGAAUCACUGCUGCCAAACAGUUUUGAGUCUGAAGGACAUGUAUUCAUUGCUCCCAGGGAGUACUGCAAUGAUCUGGAACUGUCCAACAACAACACCGAGUUCCUGCUAAACUUCAUUGCCCUCAUGGAGAAGGUGACACCAGACUCCAAACAGUGUGACAAUUUGCUUCUCCAUAACCUGAUUCUGGACACUGGCAUCAUCAGGCAGCUGGUUGAGAAAGUGUGGAAGAAUAAAGACUUAAAUACAUAUGGCUUUCUGGCCGUGUUUGCUGCAACAGAUGGCGGUGUAACAAGAGUGUUUCCGAACAAAGCCGCAGAAACCUGGGAAGAAGACCCGGAGCCGUUUAAUGCCAGCUAUUACCGACGCAGUCUUGACAACAAGGGCUACAUCUUCAGAGCACCUUAUCGAACAGCCCGGGAUGAGCUGCUGAACCCAGAUAACGACACCAUAGGGAUCCUGGUCAGCACGGCUGUGGAGAUCACAGUAGGCGGCAAGACCAUCAAACCUGCAGUGGUCGGAGUAAAACUAGACCUUGAAGCCUGGACGGAUAAGUUCAAGAUUCUUGCCAGCAACCAUACAGACAACCAUCAAGGCUCUAAUACAUGUGGACCAAACAGAGGCUGUGAAAUGGACUGUGAAGCCAACAGUGAGGAUCUCCUGUGUUAUUUAAUAGAUGAUGGUGGAUUCCUAAUCAUGUCUAAUCAGAAGGAUGACUGGAACAAGGUGGGCAUGUUCUUCAGUGACGUUGAUCCCUACUUGAUGUACGCUCUUUACAACAAUUCCUUCUACAACCGCAAGCAGUCAUUUGACUACCAGUCUGUGUGUGAACGGAUGCCCAACAGUGAAGCCGGAGCUGCGCCCAGAGGAGUGUUUGUGCCUACAAUCGCCGAUUUUGUAAACGUGGCUUGGUGGACAUCUGCAGCUGCAUGGUCCUUGUUCCAACAGUUUAUGUAUGGACUGGCUUAUCAUAGCUGGUUUGUCACAGAUGAGGUGGAUGCAGAAGGAAUUGACUCCAAAGAGCGAAGUUGUGUAAUGAUCCAGACUCAGUACUACUUAAGUAAUCUCAGCAGCUCCUACAACAUACUGCAAGACUGUGGCAACUGCUCCAGGCUGAUUCAUGCCAAGAAGAUAAACAACACCAACUUGCUGUUUGUGGUGGCAGAGAAGAUGCCAUGUAACACCUGCGAGAUAGAGAAGCUGUCCCAGGAGGAGGAGGAGUUCAAGGAGGAAAAUCCAUGUGAAGACUUGACCGUGGCACGCUAUCGAAAAGGACCCUCCACCUGCUAUGACAACAACAUCUCUGAGAACACAUCCGACUGUGGACGGGGCCACUCCUUCCGUCCGUCCCUCUACACCUUACUCCUCAUCCAGCUGCUUCUGCUUUAUCCUGCAAUCAGCCCCCACUUUCACUCUCUACUACAUUAAUUACGUUUUCUCUCCACUUGCCCUCCUUUUAGCCCUCCCAACUUUCUUUCCUGACCCAAAUGCCUCCGACCCCACCUCCAUGCCCCUAUGCCCUCCCCCCAAUAUAGUCAUUGGUAAAAAUGGGACUUCCCUUCACGGCAAGUUGGAAGCCCUGAGUGUCGCGCUACCCAGCUCGCUUCAGUUUGUGUAACUUAGUGACAACUGCCGGACAUUUGUGUCCUCAGCCAGUUAGCCUUCAUUUGAAGGAGAAGUGGUGGUGCUGGACCACCUGGAUCGUAAGAGGCAAUGUCAGAAAAGAGAAAACCACCUCCCACCCCUCCUCCCCACCUCCACCAUCUAGAGAAGGGAUGGGAAAGAGGACAGGCCGAUGUCCUUGUCACAGACCUCCCGUAUCUUACAGACUGGAGAGUUGAAGUUGUGUGUCCGCCUUCACCUCUUUCCAUUUGACAGUCGGUGGGACUUCUCUUUCUUCUUCUGUCCUCCAUCACAGUCUCACCGCUCUGUCAUUCGCCUCUCAUAAGAGGCUGUGGGCCGUUCUGUUAGUUAUAGCCACCAUAAAAGAAAACAACAGGAACAAAAAGUAUUGUCAAGUAUUCAAAAUGUCAAGUAUAAACCGCUGAAGUAAUGAGUAUUCCAAACAUAACAGCAUAUUUGGGUUGAAUUUGAAAAGGAAGGUGUUAAGUGUUUGUUUGAAAAGACAUUAAUUCAUUUAUGCACUAUACUUGCCAAAAUGAGAUAGACUUUCAUGUGGUCUUAUUUUUUAUAGCCAAAAAGGGAGGAGGAAAUGACUUCUGAUUUAGAUGUGGGAUAAACCAUGAGAGGAAGAGGAGACACUCAGAAACUGAAUGCUGAUUCAUUUGUGGGACGCCUAAUUACAGAUUAACGCUUUUAAAAAACAUCCACUGGGGAUUAUUGUAAUUACAUGAUGGUAAUCGCAUUUCUUGAAGUACUUUCCUCACAUUUAGUAUUUAAGGGGAGUGCUAUUUGGCUUACACACUAGUGAUAGCUGUAAUAUGUGAAUCAGUGUUCGGUCACUGCAGGUUCAGAGCAUCGUUGAUGUUGUGUGUUAUACUCCUUUAUGAUCAAUCAACCAUUCUGACCUCUGGUUUGGGACUGAUGUUAGAAAAAAAAAAUCCCUGUGCUCUGAUGCGAAAGCUCACCUCUGCCAAUCCUCAUGAGGCUCCUCCAGUAACCUCUACUAACACUCCUAAUCAUGACUUGUAUGUGUGCUUUAUUUCUGCUCACACACAAAAAAAACACUGAGAUCUCUGCCUCAUGACCGUCUCAUAGUUCUGGGUGGGUUUUUCUUCUUCUUUUUUUAGGCUUGUAAUACCUUUGACUGAUGCUGUUUAAACUUUAAAACCAUUCGCUGCUGGGGGCUAGGGGCUUAUCAACAUUUCCAACAAAAGUGCAGAAGAGGCAACUAAAUAUGGUGAUCACGUGCAGUAGUAGUCUGGUUGUAAUCCAUUACAUGUUCAUCAUUUUGAUCAUUACGAUGUGUGAAAAGUCAUUUAGACUCCCAUGUUUAGGAGCCGCUCUGUUUCAUAGUGCCUUGAUGCACUUUGUUUUGGACCACAUCGGCUGUAUAAGAGUAGAGCUACUGCAUAGUACCUUCAUAAAGCAUCCAUCUUUGAGGCUUUGGAUAAAACAGGAGCCUGUGAGACUAAGGCUGUCAGCUAUAGAAAUAGCUUUAUACAGAGCCAUCUCUCUGACCGCCUAAGACUUAAUGUAUUUGGCCUCUUGGCUGUGGAUGCUCCAGAGUCACCUGACUGCCAUUAUAUGGAAGUACUAUACUGUUCCUUUACAAAGCCAUGUAUAGAGCUAUGAUACACUAUCAGUAAACAGCGACUUAACUGGCCAUAGAGUGUUUUUAGGGCCACCUGACUGCUAUAGUUCUGCCUGUGUGUGUGUGUGUGUGUGUGUGUGUGAGCGUGCGUGAGUGUGCGUGAGUGUGCGUGUGUUUUUCGUUAAUAGCACUUAAAGGGAAUGUCUUAAAAAUGAGUUGUGGACUGUUUGAGGGGAUGACAGUUGUGGUAUCAUAGCUGGUUUAUCCUGUUCCUAUGUUGUAACUGACACAAUACAGUGUUGUGGAGGAAAAAAAGGGACUGAAACAAAAAUAAUCCAUCUUUAGCCAUCCGUCUGCCUAAAUGUUAAUCUAAGGGAGCAGAGGCGUCCAAAAGAAUGUGUAGUUCAUCAGUGUUUUCUGCUUCAAAUGCAACAUAGUUAACAAAGCCUCUAUAAAUGCCUUAGUGUUACACAGUAUACAGAGCUCUGAUACCUUUCCCUCACUCAUGUAUACUCACACAAAACAAAUAGAUCCUCAAACAAAUAGAUCAUCCUAAAUAUUCACUCCCCUGGGUUUUCUUGGUGUUCUGCAGUAAGUAUAGUGAGCUUUUAAUUUUUGCGUCUUCGAAUGGUCUGUUAUUGACCAAUGCCUGUUUUUAUUAAAUCCUCGAAAGCCAAGUGGGAGUUUUUAAAUUUCAAAAAGCGGCCGACCUUUGAUGUCCACAUCCACCCAAACCUCACUGUAUUGCUCAGGUGGGACGACUCACGCAACAAUUGGAACCUUUACUACACACUCUGUACAGUUGUUGGUACUUUUAGAUGUGACAAACAGGCUGGCACAGUAACUGCAGCACGGCUCCGAACAAAUCUGACUCAGAAAAACAAAAGACUGUUAAAAAAUAUAUAUAUAUUUAAAAGACGUACUUCCAAUUUGGAUCCACUCAGUGUUGAGUACCUACUGGGUCAUCUGAUGCCAGAUGCAGUUUUACUUUUCUGGCACUUGUUUGUCUCUGUUCUGUGCCAUUUAAUUCUGUCUGUAUUUCCCUUUUUCCACUGUCUGUAAAUGAGCGCUACACGUGCCUGUGGAAAUGUACCCCCUGCAACUUCCUCUCUUUUCCUGGCUCUGUACGCUUACAGUCCUCACAACUAAACUAAAUAUUUAGGCCUAUAGUUUUUGUACCUGCACCAAGACAUUUGGCACAACACACCUAUUAGCAAACAUGUAAUGACACUUAUUCAUGCCAAGCUGGGAGAUGUCAAGCACCAGGCAGAAGUAAGCCAAGGACGUCACUUCCUAGGUGAUAGUUUUGGUGAGCGGGUGGAAUAUCAGAGGCAAAGUCAGGGAGUGGGUCUCCACAGAGCAGCACGGGCGGUCCAACAGAAGGUCAUGGAGGAAUCAUGUAGUGACGUCUGUGUGUGCA